GAGCUUUCCUCGUGCCCUAUCUCCUAUUCAUGUUCUUUUGUGGCAUCCCACUGUUCUUCAUGGAAACGAGCGUGGGACAGAACACCCGAAACGCAGGCGUCACCGUAUGGAGGAUAGUUCCUAUUGCUAAAGGCAUCGGAUUUGCUUCCAUCGUCCUGUGCAGUCUCAUGAACAUCUACGUCAACGUCAUCGUCUCCUGGGCGAUCUUUUACUUCAUUGCCAUCUUCCAAAGCGUGCUGCCGUGGAGCACGUGUGGCAACGAAUGGAACACCGACGACUGUGUCACGACCGACAUGAAUAUUUCCGACAGGACCAACGACAGCGUCGCAUCUGUCGAGGAAUACUGGGAGAAUCGUGUUUUGAAGAUCUCCACUGGGAUCGGAGACGUAAAUGAGUUCAGAUGGGAGUUGUUCUUCACCAUGGCCAUCGCCUGGCUCAUGGUUUAUGGCAUGCUAUGGCGAGGACUGCACAACAGUGGCAAG